AGUGACUCAAACAGGAUGGAAAAAGAUGGCGGUGACGACGACGGAAAUCGCACAGAACCUGAAAACCCAAGGACACCUGAUUCCAGUCGCGAAGGAACACCAGAUUGGAAAGAAACGUGCAUUGGUGUUUGGUCGAGAAGUACGAAGGGCCGUCAAGUUACAGAGGCUGAACCAGACAAGAUCUGUAAUGGUAUAAGUUUUGUCGUAAUCAACAAACAUACAGACCUUCGAAAAGUGAAGCUCAGUAAGACAAGAGGACUUCAGAUUGUAGUUCGUGAAACAGAGAUUACAGUACCUCCUCCAAAAGCUCAUGAUCACACACACAUCAGAAUUGAAAGGGACGAAGAUGACAAACUCCAAAAGAAUGAUGAGGACAGUGGAAAUUCUGCAGAAGAACAAGAGCCUUCUUUGACUAGAAGAGUGAUGGACGUUAUGAUGAUGAAGAAAACAAACUUGGAGAAAAAUGUCGAACAUUACAAAGCCGAGGGAGUCAAGCUUACAGGUAUAUGUAUGAAACAACAAUGUAGUCAGUUCAGGGAAUUUGAGGGAGUGUAAGAAUCUACACGGAGAUUGAUUCUUUGACCAUUUCAAUGUCUGAGCUUCUUUGAAGCUACAUUGUUUUUGAUCAGCACCAAGAAUUCCAACUUCUUGGCAGCCUCAAAUUUUCCCGAGAUCUGAUCGGCUGGUUUUAAUCAUCACGGCAAUGAUCUUUCAUGUAGCAAAUAUUUUUCUUCUACUUCAAAUACAUGCGU